AUGUCUUUGGUGUCAAAUGUGUCGGAAACCGAGGUGGCACGCACCAGGGAGACGAUACGCGCGCACCGAGCAAACAGUCCUGCCAGCGUUCAACAAGAUGUUGGAGUCAACGGUCGCACUCCAGCAGAUAUCGACAUCGCCCCAGUCGCAUCCGUCGCAGUUCCAGGUCCACGUCCAGAUGUCCGUACGGAAGCCGAGAUGGCACGCACCAGAGAGACGAUACGUGCGCACCAUGCAAACAGCCAUGCCAGCGCUCGUCAGGAUACCGAGGUCAGCGCUCCUAUUCCUGCGAAUUUUGCCCCUCGCGAAGCCGCCGCACCUGUUGUGAGAGAUCGUUGGGACGCAGCUCCAGUACCACACCCACAUGCUCGUCCGGAAGUUAGUCAACAGGCAGUACAUGCAUCUGCACCGCGCACCGAAUAA